AUGGCUGUGGCGAUUUCACUUUUGCUUGCAUUAUUCUUGCUCUGCACUGGCUCUGCUUUAGCUGCUUCUUACAUGGAAGGAUUUCUAAAAAAUGGCAACUUUGAGGUGAAGCCAAAACCUGGUGCCAUCAACAAAACAGUCCUUAAAGGAAAAUAUGCUCUGCCCAGCUGGGAAAUCAAUGGCUUCGUAGAAUACAUCUCUGCUGGGCCACAACCUGGUGGCAUGUAUUUUAAUGUGGCUCAUGGUGUACAUGCUGUAAGGCUAGGAAAUGAGGCCUCAAUAUCUCAAACAAUAACGAUAAAAGCAGGCUCUCUUUAUGCCCUCACAUUUGGUGCAUCUAGAACUUGUGCUCAAGAUGAGGUGUUGAGAGUCUCAGCUGGUACUGUGUUUGGGGACCUGCCUUUGCAGACUCUUUAUAGUAGUAAUGGUGGAGACACUUAUGCUUGGGGAUUUAGACUCAAUACCACUGUUGUUAAAGUGACAUUUCACAAUCCAGGGGUUCAGGAGGACCCUGCUUGUGGACCACUCAUUGACGCAGUUGCUAUCAAGGAGCUCUUUCCACCAAUGCCCACAAGAGAUAACCUUGUAAAGAAUCAUGGUUUUGAGGAGGGUCCUCAUCGAUUAGUAAACACCUCCAAUGGUGUCCUCCUCCCUCCAAGACAAGAAGAUCUUACAUCUCCACUCCCUGGCUGGAUGAUUGAAUCGCUUAAAGCUGUGAAGUUCAUAGACAAAAAGCACUUCAAUGUUCCUUUUGGACUCGCUGCUGUCGAGCUUGUUGCAGGAAGAGAGAGUGCAAUUGCCCAGAUCCUCAGAACAAUUCCCAACAAAGUCUACGGUCUCACAUUCACCCUUGGAGACGCAAGGAAUGGUUGCCAUGGAUCAAUGAUGGUCGAGGCAUUCGCUGCUAAGGAUACCUUUAAAGCUCCAUUCGAAUCCAAAGGAAAGGGUGAAUUCAAGACCGUAACUUUCAAGUUCAAAGCCAUUUCACCUCGGACAAGAAUUACAUUUUACAGUUCAUACUACCAUACAAGGAUUGAUGACUUCGGAUCCCUUUGUGGUCCUAUACUCGAUGAAGUUAGGGUAUUCCCUGUUGCUUAG